AUGGUCUGCCAGUUGGAGGCGGCCAAGCUGGAGGUGGUGGACAGGGAGCUAUUCGCAUCCAUUCCAAAGGUGAAGAGACAGCGCAAUACUGCGUGCCUUCUCGGCUUGCAAGCCUACAUACAGGCUAAGGAACUUUCUGGAGCUCCACGCUCAAGCGUACCGCAGUUUACUCUGCAUCAUCCUCUGUCGUCGAACCUUCCUAUAAGGGCAAGCGGAAUAUUGCCAAGGGUGAAGCGAAAACCUUUGCGACCCUGCCCGCGAAUCUGUUCGGUGGCCAGGAGCCCCGAUUACGUCAUCGGCGUGGGAUUACUUAAUUUUCCUUUCCGCGCUUCGCCAGCUGCGGCAGAGGAAGGGAGACGACAAACGUUGUGGCCAGGGACCACAAUUUUCGGCCAGAGCGUGACGAAGGCGUAGGAUCGG